AUGGAUUUCGCGUACGAUCACAUUCAGGAGGAGAUCCUGUCCUCAAGGGAAACUGAGGAUUCUGCACAACCCGAAAACGAAAAAGCUACCAGUAACCUCAAUACCGAGCUCCAAGAGACGUUCCGAGCCUUUUCCGCCAGUCCGUGGGGGUCGCGAAUCGGUGGCCUUUGGGACAAUGUUCGCAAACAAGGAGAAAGCUACUACGAGGGCGCUCAAAAGGAAUACAACGCCGCGAGUGAGGAGGCUGUGAAGGGAUUUUCAGAUCUGCGUAACAGCAUCGUCGACCGUACAAAGGGGCUGUCGCUCAGUACUGUUGGACUUGCAGCUGGAGGGAGUGAAGGACCUUCGGACGGGGCAACCACCCCCACGGCUGCGACGUCUGGCGCCGCAAAGGAUCAGUCACAAGAAGCCGGCGCGAAUGGUGACGGCUUUAUUUCACGGCUCAAGGCCGAGGCUGCGCGACGACUGAAGGAGAUCGAGAAGGCCGAAGAGGCCGCCGACGAGGCCAUUCUCCGAUUCGGUAUGAACAUCAGUCAAAAGCUUCGCGAAGCUGUCAGUAUUGUUCCGCCCACAACCGAUGAUUCUGGCAAGCUUCUCUUCGAGAGUAAGGAUGCCGAUGGCAAGCGAGUGAUCCAUGCCACCCGCUUCGAAGCGCAGCUCCAUGUCAUUCACUCCAACCUGGACAGCUUCACCAAGGACCCCGUGAGCGACAAAUUCCCUGAUUUCAAGAAGGCAUUCAAUGUUGAAAGCAAGACCGAAGAAAUCGCAAAAGAUCUGGAGAACUAUCCUGAGUUGCGGGCGACAAUGGAGAGGCUCGUUCCGGAGACGGUGGAAUAUGCGGAGUUCUGGACAAGAUACUAUUUCCUUCGUCUCGUCGUGGAGACCGAGGAGCAGAAGCGCAAGGAACUUCUAAAGGGUGCCAACGUCGACGAGGAAGAAGAAGUAGGCUGGGGUGACGACUCGGAAGACGAGUCGGAAUCCCCAUCGACACCCCAGGUCAAGUCCGCGACACAGAAGACGGAAGCCGUCGAGGCUCAAACUUCCGAGCCUCGCCGAUCCAACGACCAGCAGUCUCAGGCCGGCAGUGAGUCUAGCUAUGAUGUCGUGAGCGGGACUGUGAGCCGAACCCCAGGUAGCCCCAAGGAGAAGAGCCCAACAGCCGACACCAAGGCAGAUGAAAGUGAUGAGGAUUGGGAAUAA